GAACCAACUCCUCCAAAUCCAACCCACAGCCACGUCCCGCCGCCAUUCCCUUCUCGAUCUGCACUGCCAGACUCUUCAUCUACGUCGUCACCGCAUGCGUCCUCCUCCUCAUCCUCUCCCAAAUCUCCCUCCUCCAAUCUCAACCACACCUUCCCCUCUAUGGCCCCUCUCUCUCGUGCACCGAUGGCGAAAAAUCAUCCUCAACACCACCUCUGACGCCGCUCUUCAUGACACGGUCGCUGCCGCCGCCACAGUUGAUGAGCUCGAGGCCGUGGUUGAGAGGCUCCGUGAUGCGGUCACGUUCCUCCCGCUCAAGGACCGGCGCUUCGCCAACCGACCCACCGAGGGCCGCACGUGGUUCAUGAGCUCCCUGAACGAAACCAGCAUCGGCGGCGGGCCUCGGCACCUGCACUUCCCGUCCGACAGCUCAAAGGGCCGGGUGCUUUGCCUAAAGGGACGUGACGUGCAUGAUGGCUCGUGGAACUACUACGCCCUCGCGUGGCCUCAGGCCCUCCCACGCGACGCCACCUUCAUGAGCGGCCUGACUUUCGUGUCCUACAACCACUACGACUACGACAACAUAUGGCACGGCCUGUUGCCGGUGUUCCCGUUCGUGGCGUGGUACCGGGGGGAUGGUUGCCGCCGCCCACCCGAGCGGUGGGUGCUUUACCACUGGGGCGAGCUCCGGCUGGAGAUGGCCCCGUGGCUGAGCAAGUUGAUAGAGGCGACGUUCGGGAAGCCACCGUCCAUAGAAAUGUUCGAUAAAAUCAAGGAGGACAGCCCGGUUUGCUUCGAGAACGCAGUGGUGACGAGGCACAACGAAGGAGGGAUGUCUAAGGAGAGGACGAUCGAGGCCUACGAAUUGUUGAGAUGCAGUGUGAGGAGAUAUUGCAACUUCAGCUUAGAGGUCGAUGGUGAUGGUAACAAGGUUAACAGGAUCCAUUUGACGUUGUUGAUGAGACGAGGAGGGAGGUCGUUUAGGAACGAGUCGGCCGUGGUCGGGAUUUUCCGGAGGGAGUGCAAUAAGGUCGAACGGUGUCAGCUCACGGUGGCUCACUCCGACGAUCUCAGUUUCUGUGAUCAGGUGAAUUUGUUGAGCACGACGGACGUGUUGGCGACGCCGCAUGGGGCGCAGCUGACCAAUCUGUUCAUGAUGGACCGGAACAGUAGUGUGAUGGAGUUCUACCCCAAGGGGUGGCUACGCUAUGCCGGGGUCGGCCAAUACGUGUACCAGUGGCUGUCGAGCUGGUCGGGGAUGAGGCACCAGGGCGCCUGGUGGGACCCAAUCAGCGAGGAGUGUCCCUACCCGGAGGACGCCGCCAAAUGCUUCGAAAUCUACAAGAACGGCCAGAUAGGGCACAACGAGACCCAUUUUAGCGAGUGGGCAGGAAAUGUUCUUGGUGAGGUGAAGCUGAGAAAGAUUGCAGAGGCCGUUUCCGGCAAGAAGCCGGAUCCUACUCGCCCUUGUGCUUGCGGCCGAUAAUUCGGAUAUAUUGUUUUUUCAAUUUUCCACAGCAUACACCCUUUACUUUAAAAUCAAGAUAUUGGACUUGUUAAUCGAUUCAUAACUUUUUAAACACAACCAAUAUCUAUUUGAACCCUCUUUACUUGUAGGAGUACAUCUUGGAUCUGUUGUUUAUGUUAUGGUAGGAGUCCUACUCAU